CCAUUUUUCAGUCGUUCUCUUUUUCUAUUAAAGAAGGAAAUCACGAAAAUCGGCGGGGACACAACGCCAGGAGCACAGCCGCGGUAGGAGAGGUCGCCCAGAAGAGCUCGCAGCGCCUUCCAGCUGGUGAUCGGUCGCAGUCUACGGUGCGUGCACAGCGCCUGUCCCCGCGUGCGCGCGCGCGCGUGUGUGUUUACAAGUGUUUGAACGGCUGCCACAAGCGAGGGAAGAAGGAGGAUAAAGCCAAGGAAGGAGGGAUGGUGGACAACUCAGGCAGUAGUAAGGCACAAAUGCCCAGUAUGUCUCAAGAGCCUGGUGUGGCCUUUCCUCAGAGCACCUCUACAGGGGGGAUGAAGCUGGAGGCAGUAAUGGAGCAGCUCCAGCGCCAGCAGCAGGCCCGACUGGAAAUGGAGCGCAAGGAGAGGAAGCUGCGAGAGGCCCAUAUCAUGUAUGCUCAGCAGGUUGCUGCCCAGCAGGCCAUCCUGGCUGCUGCCCGGGCUUCUGGGGCCAGCUUCAUGGGCAAAGGCCUGGCUGGAGGGGUCCCUGGUGGUGGGCUGCCUCUCCGGGUGUCCAAUCAGAGCAGUGUGGACUCGGAAAGAGAGGAUGACGAGGACAGAGGCCGGGAUUCUGGGGAUGAGGAUGAAGACAAUGAGAUGAUGGAAGGGGACGAGGGCAGUGACGAGGAUGAGGGAAGUGCCAGUGGUCUGGAGUUCCUCCGCAAGCAGACCCUCGCUUUGCAGCAGAGCGCCUCCCGCAUCCCGGCCCGUCCAUUCGGCAGUUACUCUGCAUCGGCACCCCAGAGGGCUGCAUCCCCACCUGUCAGAGUGAAGCAGGAACCUGACGAGGGCCUGUCUCCUGCAGGGCCUCACUCUGCUACCUCUCCUAACGGACAGGCUGACUGGGGCUUUGAUGAUCACUUCAGACAGAAUGGGAGUGCAGGCUGGGCAGAUGAGGCUGACAGCAGCAGAGGAAGAGGAGAGGCCUCCAGAGACUUUGCAAAGCUGUAUGAACUGGACAGUGACCCCAAAAGGAAGGAGUUUUUGGAUGAUCUCUUCACCUUCAUGCAGAAAAGAGGAACCCCAGUCAAUCGUAUCCCCAUCAUGGCCAAGCAGGUUCUGGAUUUGUACAUGCUUUACAAGCUGGUGACAGAGAAGGGAGGCCUGGUGGAGGUUAUCAACAAGAAGAUAUGGAGGGAAAUCACAAAGGGACUCAACCUGCCUACCUCCAUCACCAGUGCAGCAUUCACCCUGCGCACACAGUACAUGAAAUACCUGUACCCAUAUGAGUGCGAGAGGAAAGGCCUCAGCUCCCCAGGUGAGCUUCAGGCUGCCAUCGACAGUAACCGACGUGAGGGUCGUCGUCCGAGCUACAGCAGCAGCCUCUUCCGCUUCUCUCCCUCUCCCAGCACAGCUCCCCACAUCCUCUCACCUCCCAAGAUGCACCUUUCAGCUCUGGGGGCAGGGACCUCAGUGGCCCUCAACGGCCUGCAGGCCUCACCAGGACCCUCUCUGAAGAAAGAUGACUUGACCCCUUCCAUCAUGGCAGCAAGACCCUCUAUGGCGCUGGCCCUGGGUCAUCAGCAGGUUGCAGGUUUGGCAAGAGCCGCCACGCUGGAGCAGCUGAGAGAAAAGCUGGAGACUGGCGGAGGAGAGGGACCAGAGAGGAAGAUGGCCCGCUUGGCUGAAGAGCAGCAGCGCCUGAUGCAGCAGGCUUUCCAACACAACCUGCUGGCCAUGGCUUCCCAAAUGCCCAUGAACCUGCGCCUGGGCGCCCCCACCAUCACCACCAGAGAUGAGAAGCAGCAGGACAUGUCUCUGAGCAUCUCAACCAAUGGAAAUGCCAGCAUCACUGUCUCAGUGGAGGUCAACGGCACAAUCUACUCAGGAACCCUGUUUGCCCAGAAGUCUGGAGGGGCCCCUGGGCCUGCUGUGUCAGCUGUUGCUGCUUCUUCAGCCUCCCCUGCUGGAACCAGCUCUAGCUAUGGCUUCUCUGCACCCCUGGCUCAGACCCUCAGCCCCACGUCCUCCUCCUCCUCCAAGGGUCCCGGCUCGGCUGAGCCCACCCCCAGCGGGUCACCCUAACUCAGGCUGCCCUUUGUACCGGUUCCCCAGGCCUCUCUUCCACCGGGAGGCCCAGCAAGAAUAUACAGUAGAAUGAGAAACCGAUAUGAAUAACAAAGUGUUGCACAACAAAUACCUCAUCAACCCUGUCAACCUCUUGGCUGUCCAAUCAUUAACACAGAGCCCAAGAAUAUUAUGACAACACGUGCCCAAAUGCACAGCUAUGCAUUUUAUUCAACAUACAAACACGUGCACACACUACACUACAAACACACACACACACACAAUUUUACAUGUACAAACACACAAUCUACACACACAUGCAUUUGUUAAUCCUAAUAUACAUGCUAAACACAAUCAGCUCAGCCAAAACCCACUGACAGGCGUAGUCACAACUGAACUUGAAAAGUUUUAUCUUAGGACAUUUUGUUUGUUUGUUGCCAUUUUGUUGUCUUCUUGAUUUUGUGUUUUAGAAUGAUUUUAUUUUUAGUUUUUCUCUUUUUACAUACCUCAAAUCAAGUAACCUGCAGUGGUGUCUUUACCUCAGGAGCUCUAGUAUAUUUAACCUGAAUCAACUUUAUUUUUGUAUUCUUUUUGACCUAGUUGCAAUCAGGGGAAGUCGGGUAACUCUCACCAGUGGAACCUCAUGUACAGAGCACCCACCUCAGUGACAGGCCUCCAACCCGGGCCGCUCAGGUGUCUUGAACACGUUGUAGACUCUUGCUGAACUCAAACUGGUGAAUGGUCAUAUGCUGUAGAUCAGCACAUUAAAAACCUAAUUACACAAUCAUCAAAUAAUGUCGAGUCCAUUAGAAUGGUUGGAGGGCUAAAGAUGUACACAAGCCUCCCAAAAUAUGGACGAGAUUUCACCAGACUGUAAACUCUCAUUAGCAAUGCACAGGAUUUUUAUGUCCACCUAAAAUUAAACUUAUUUCAGGUCCGCACAGGCUGUCUUUAAACACGUAGCGCACAAAGUUGGGGGGAAAAGCAACUCUAAUCCACCCACUGCAAGCCUAGCAGACCCUGAGCUCACUUCUCCACCCCGGCUUCCGUCUAUGAUACAGAGAAGGUAGUGCAGAAUCAGGUUUGAGUCUGUUGUUCCCUAUUUUGCUCGUGCACCCUUCCUCCAGCUGCAGCCACAGAGCUGAAAGUCAGUCCCAUGGCGUAGUCGUCAAUGCAUGGUUCUCAGACCUCACACUGGCCUCUCUGCUCUGGAGGGCGUCUCUCUCAGGAAACAAUGUGACAACUGCAAGGAAUCACUGUUAAUUUAAAGAAGAAAAAAAAGGACUCAUACCUGAAGAAUGCAUAACUCUACAUGACUCUUCAAGAAUACCUCAUCAGACUCUCUCAAAAGGAGAGCUACACUACAUACCUCAUACGGCUGAGAAGCUAUCGAGACUUGACGCCCCAAUCCGAGAUGGAAAUCCUACCGGAACUGACAUGAACAUACCGACACACUGCUGGUUUUGGGGACAAACAGAACUGGGAUGGGCUUGCUAUCUCUCUCCUCCUGCAUUUACUUGUAGAAUUUGCGUUAUGCUUGCUUCCUUUUUCUUUAUUUUUCUUGGGGGGUUCCUCAAGUUGUUGUCUGAGAAGAGUGAUUUAUCUGCAUUUUUUUCAGGGAAGAGGAAAAUAAUAGUUGGUUCCUCACUGGCACGUGUAGAUUUGUAGGAUUGUUAACAGGUUUCAAGGUCACAGGGGUCAAAAAAUUUCAAAUCAAACGACCAUGUUAACCUUACAUUGACUGCGAGUACCUGAACCGCAGUUAUAGGUCUUAUUUCACGACAGCGGCAAAAUGAUAUGCAUGUGUACAAUCAUGUGACCAGUGUUUUAACAUCUUAAUCUUCUGGUUCACGUAAGCCUCUGGUUAUUGCACAGCUAGAUACCAAAGACUAGCCAGGUUGCUUCUUUUGAUCGAUCCCUCCUACAAUCCGGCCCACGCGUGCUGUUGUGCACAGCAAGGCAGUUCAAGGCCUGUUCUGGACUGCAAAAAAAUUAUGUAUCCAAGCUCAUUGAAUCUGAUUUUGAGGGGUGUUUUUUUCCUAAAGCAAAUGAAAAUAUCUUUAGGUGAGGUGAGGUGAAUUCCCUUGUUUCACAAUUUACAGCAUGACUUGAUUAUUGGAAAGUUAAAAUGGAAAUAAGUCAAUUUAAGAUCAUUACAUGACAUGUACAGUCAAACAGUUUUCUUACAUAUUCGAGUCUUGUUAUCCAGAAUCCAGUAGCCCCAGUUGCUGUGGCUUUCCUGAGCUGUCUCCCUAAUUUAAUCUUUUACACUUAUGGGCUCUUGGGGCUGGGUGUUAACACAACUCCACAUUUGGAAGCAGGCCCCCUUAGUCUGGCCCUUUUACUCAAGCACCCUCUUCCUGAUAAUCCAGAAACGGAUGGAUUAUCCCUCCAAUUGUAAGGUAUUUUUCUCCCUUUAAAGUGAAUUUUUAGCAUUUUGAAAUACCACAAAGGAUGAAAAUGAAUUUUCUAGCUUUAUCUGUGUUGAAUGUGAGGCAUUUUAACUGUUUAGAAACCUCUUUAAACCCAGUGUGAUCUGAGGUGGGCAGCCUUGUUGCUUUUAUUAGACCGUACUUUAGCCAUUAAGUGUCAGGUUUUGCAGACGUUUUGCAGUGUAGAUCACAGCUGAGGCUUUGAGGACGGUGCCGAAUGUUUGGUAUACCGUUCAAAAUCCUGUAUGACACAUAAUUGUAUUUUAUAAAGGUGAGAACUGUAGAUGCUGCCUUAAAGUAGUUGCUGGUGAGAUCCCAGUGCAGGUUUCACGACUCAACUGACUGGGAAAAUGUCUUUCUCUUCAAAAAGAGUAAUCACUUUUUAUUUUGCUAAGCAAUUCAAUCAGACGUUAGACACCAGUUGUCUAUCACGCUGUUGAGUUAACAACUGAGUUUUGCUAUUUAUUUCUGUUUUUCUUUUGUCCCGGUGGACCUUGUUUUUGGUAACACUUGAGUUUAAUCAUUCAGGCUGUGUUACCAAAACAUUUUCCUGCUUCGAAGUCCAAGCUUUCUGUUUCAUGUGCUUAGUCUAAGCAAUGACUGUUUAAUAGUGUAGCUUCACUGCCUUUGUAUGUUUCUGUGUGUGUGUGUGUGUGUGUGUGUGUGUGUGUGCGCGUGCAGGUUCAGUGAAUACAGUAUGUGGUUGCUGUUCCUCCAUGUCCACCCCACAUGGAGGAACAGCAACCACAUACUCUACAUACCACGUCUACAUACACUGUAAUAUCAUUCAGAAUACUGCAGGUGGAGCCACUGACAUGUCUAUUGCUCACACACAAGUUUUAAUGAAAUCUUUUAAAAUCUUUACUUCUAUGUCGAAGGUUCCCUCUAACAUUAGCCUCCAUUUUGUUCACUGGGAACUGGCCAUUACACCCACAGUCAUUUUCUGCUGUAGUUUUUUUAGGGAGUUGAACAUGUUGAUGGUUGGCUAUUACAUUAUACAGUAUAUAUGAUGAGCUGUUCCUGCAAGUAAGUGUGCGUGUGCGUGCAUGUGUGCGUGUGCGUGUGUUUGCGUGUCUAUUAGAGACCGCCCCUACCUCGUCAUACCACAAUACCUCAGGGCAGUGGGCUGCAGUCACUGUUGCGUUCGAUGUUGAAGCUCCGUUGAGGGACGAGUACUGACGAAAGCUGUGGUCACUUCGCUGAAUGCUACUUUGGUUUUGGUGUUGCAUUUUUGUAUUUUUGUCGUCAGUAACUGCAGGCAAGGUCUCGUCGCUCAGGAAGAUGUGAAGUUGGAAGUCUGCAGAACCCUUUGUCUCUCAGAUGAUUUUGGAGUUAAUUCAGUUUUAAUUUGUUUAAAAAUUAACCUGAUCUGUGUGAAAACAGGCGCAUAUGCAAGUGGUUAUCGAAUACCUCAUUUAUCAAUUUUAUGUUGUUUUUGGCUUGUACAAUGCUCCGUAUAUUAAUUCAACUGUGGGGUUUGUGCAUAUUUUUGUACUGUUAUUAUUAUUAUGGACAUGAUAAUAAUGAUAUUACUGAUAUUAUAGUUUUCUCUUUGAUUAAAGCAAACAAAAAAUAGGACAAAACUCAUGAAUGCUUGUAAAAACUGGUUUGUGCUGAUUGUAUUUAAGAGGAGCACUUUUCCAAAGUGGUUUUCACACAUUCAGUUUUGUUCAUAUUAGUAAUAUAAAGAUAUGGUUCUCAGGGCUUUAAACUUGUAUGUCAUGAUAAAGUUUUACUUUGU